UUCCAAUCGCUCCCAAACCAUCCUCCUCCUCUCCCUCCUCUCCCUGCAAUGACUAUCUUGUGUGUGUGGGAUAGUGACACGUAACUUUGUCCGUUUCAUUGACUUGAUCAGGCAGGACACCUCCACCUGGGGCAGGGAGAGCAGAGGAGAGCAGAGGGAGGUCCCCACUAAAAAUCCGUUUAAUUCUCAACAUUUUGUAGCAUGGAGGCGAGAGACGCAACUGCAGGUGCUCUUGUGAGCAGUGAUGGAGAGGAACAAACUGCAAAGAAGGAUGCAGCUCCUAAAAAAGAUCAACCACAGACCAAAAGCAAGAUGGAGAAGAUCUUUGGGUUCAGGAAGGAGGACCUGGCCUCCUGGAGUAGCCUGGUGGCCCUCCUGAACCGUCCCACUGACCCUGCAUCCCUGGGCAUCUUCCGCUGCUUGUUCGGUUUGCUGAUGGUUAUCGACAUCACACAGGAACGUGGCCUCAGUCACCUGGACUAUAAGUACCUGGAUGGUGCCCCUGUGUGCCGCUUUCCCCUCUUCAAUUUCUUGCAGCCACUGCCACUGGAUUGGAUGUAUCUGGUGUAUGUGGUGAUGUUCCUCGGCGCCUUGGGGAUCAUGCUUGGCUGUUUCUACCGUCUCUCCUGCCUCAUGUUCAUCUCGACGUACUGGUACAUCUUCUUUCUGGACAAAACAGCCUGGAACAAUCACUCGUACCUCUAUGGCCUCAUUGGGUUUCAGUUCACACUCAUGGAUGGCAACAGAUACUGGUCAAUCGAUGGAUUGCGGAGGCCUUCUAUAAGAAAUGCUCAUGUGCCUCUAUGGAAUUACACUGUGUUGAGGACACAGAUAUUUAUUGUAUACUUCAUUGCUGGAAUCAAAAAGUUGGAUGCUGAUUGGGUGGAGGGUUACUCGAUGUCAUACUUGGCACACCAUUGGUUGUUUGAUCCUUUCAAAGUGAUCCUUCCUGUGGAGUUAGUAAACCUGCUGGUGGUGCAUGGAGGCGGUCUUGUUCUGGAUUUGACUGCCGGCUACCUGCUAUUUUUUGAUGCCACACGACCUUGUGCAUUUUUCUUUGUCUCCUACUUCCACUGUAUGAACUCUCAGCUCUUCAGCAUCGGGAUGUUUUCCUACACAAUGCUGGCCACCAGUCCUCUCUUCUGCUACCCCGACUGGCCAAGGAGAUUCUUUGCUCGUUUCCCAGUAUUCCUAAGGGCAGUCCUGCCACUCACAUCACUGGACCCUCAGCCCAGUACUUCCUGUGUUUACAGUGAGAUCCACAGCACCAGCACCGAACCCCAGGAGGCCCCGCCUGUUGCCAGAGCUUCCAAACUGAGAAUUAAGCACAAGCUGGGAGCCAUUUUUACAUUUCUCUACAUAAUUGAACAGUUCUUCCUGCCUUACUCCCACUUCAUCACACAGGGUUACAACAACUGGACCAAUGGCUUGUACGGUUACUCAUGGGACAUGAUGGUUCACUCCCGCAGCCAUCAGCAUGUUAAGAUCACCUAUAAAGAUGGGAAAAAUGGAGAAAUUGGAUAUCUGAACCCAGGGGUGUUCACACAAAGCCGUCGCUGGAAAGACCAUGGAGACAUGCUGAAGCAGUAUGCCAUGUGCCUCAAUCAGUUCCUACCCCGCUAUAAUAUCUCUGAUCCGGAAAUCUACUUUGACAUCUGGGUGUCCAUCAAUGAACGCUUCCAGCAAAGGAUUUUUGAUCCUCGUGUGGACGUCGUGAAGGCUGAUUGGUCACCUUUCCGACCAAACACAUGGCUGAUGCCUCUGCUGGUGGACCUUUCGCCAUGGAGGACCAAGUUCCAGGAGAUUGAGGGCAGUUUGGACAAUCAGACUGAGAUCGUCUUUAUCGCUGAUUUCCCAGGUCUCCACUUAGAAAACUUUGUAAGUGAAGAUCUGGGCAACACCAGCAUACAUGUACUGCAGGGCAACGUGAACGUUGAGGUAGUGGAGGAGAAAAAGAACUACACUCUUCAGCCUGGUGAGCAUAUAAAGGUGCCUGCUGGGGCUUACCAUAAGGUAUACACUGUGUCUGAAGACCCGUCUUGCUACAUGUACAUCUACGUCAACACCACAGAGGCGGCGCUGCAGGAGAACUUCACCAAGCUGUUUGAGCUCCAGGAGCGUGUUCGCAAUGGGACAGAAACCAAGCCCCUUUCUCCUGAGCUGCAGCCUCUCAUCGCUGCAGACAGUGAUGAAGGGUCGGAGGUCAACUCCACCGACCCGAUUGUGCAGCUGUUCCUGAAGAGGCAGCGCCGCAUGAAGGAGGUGAAGAAACGCAGGGAGGCUGGCAUGCUGGAGCGACUGGAGCGCUUUGCAGUGAAAAAGUACUAUACUAUACGGAGGGGGUUCUUGAUGACAGCCAUUGCUAUGAGAAACCUGAUGGUGGGUCUCCCUCCUCUCGAACAGCUGACAAGAGAAGUUGCCUUUGCCAACAUGAAAGAACCUCAGGCAUACACCAACCAGGAUGAACGGCUGAAAGACGAAGUUGGUCAUGGGGAACUUUAAAGCUGUCUUUGGGUCCAAAGAUACUCUGUUGAAUUGCCUGCAGUUGCUGGAUCACACAUUCCAGACAGAUGUGUGUGUGUGUGUGUGUGUUGUUACCACUGGACUGUUACUGGGACAGAAAGCUGCCCAGAAAGGAUUUUUAAAUCUCUAUGCUUCUGAAAAUAUGGCAUUUCAGAUUAUUUCCAAAGGUAAAUUCAGUAUUUUGUUGUAGCAUUUGUUUACGAAUCUGAAUUUAUGCAGAUGGCGUUUCUGUAGCUGCAGCAAAACCACAAUACUGUUUGUUAGCAGAUAUGCACUGCUUUGCUGUGCAAGAUUACAUUUCCUGUUUGUUCAAUUUUGCUUAAGAAUUGUAUAAUUGCAAUUAUGGCUGGGUGACAUGACCGAAAGGAAGUCAAGAUAUUGACAACAUAUUGACAAUUAAUUAAAAAUGCUCUAUGACCGAUGAAGUCAGCAUUAUAUGAUCUGCUGGAGGAUCAGAUUUUAAAUAAGCUAAACUAUUAGACUUUAAUGCUGCUUUUGUUUUGAAUGAAAAUAUACAACAAGCACGUUACUGAAUGGUUUUAAGUUUGAAAGGGACAGAUUUUGGCGAACAUACUGACAUGAACAGGAUCAGGUUUGACAAUACUCCCCUCCUAUUGGUAAAUUUUCAGUUUGUUGCCCAGCUAUAAUUUAAAUAAUUCUGGCCGAAUCAUGACAAGCACAUUUACGAUUAUGCAGUAGGAUAUGUGGACUUUAUGCUAACCCUAUAAUGUGAGAAAAACUGACUGACAGAAAUACAAAACAAUUGUUAGCUUGUCAAUCAACAGCCUUUUCUAGUCACUUUUCUAAGAAAGAGCUUAUGAUGUCAAUAAAUUUGAUGUUAUUUUAAUUAAAAAUUAACUUGAACUUUCA